CAACUGAGCCUACAAACACCUGCAAUACCAGCCCAAAAGCAUCUAACCACCCUCACCCAGUCCACCCCGCCGCCGCACCUCCAGGCUCCAGCUCGCCACGCGCACAGGUGGCCGCCGCCGCCCCUCCCGCCCGCAGCCCGCGCAGGUGGCCGCCGCUCCUCCCGUCCACCGCCUGCCGUCCGCUUCCUCGGGUAGUUCGGUUUAUGACCGAAACCGAACCGAAAUAACCGAAGACCUAAGUGCUCGGUCUCAGAUUUUGUUAGGAACCGAUCGGUCUUGAGUUUCUGAUAACCCAAAUUUCAGAAAACCCGAGGAACCGAACCGAAUUUCUCGGUCUGACCGAAUGCCCACAGUGACCCGCAGCGGGAGUCCCAGCUUUUGAUGACGGCGGUCGUCGCAGAUGGCCACCAAGCGAGCCUACAAGCUCCAGGAGUUCGUUGCACAUGCUUCCAGUGUCAAUUGUGCCAAGUUUGGGAGGCGGACAUCGAGGAUCCUCAUCACUGGUGGGGAGGAUUUGAAGGUCAAUCUUUGGGCUGUAGGGAAACCCAGUGCCCUCCUGAGCCUAUCGGGCCUUACAAGUCCAGUUGAGUCAGUGAGCUUUGACUCUUCUGAAGUUACCAUAGGUGCUGGUUCUGCAAGUGGAACAAUAAAAAUAUGGGAUGUUGAGGAGGCGAAAGUUGUCCGAACUUUCACUGGGCACAGAUCAAAUUGUGCAUCGCUUGAUUUCCAUCCUUUUGGAGAAUUCUUGGCCUCUGGGUCUUCAGAUACAAACAUGAAAAUAUGGGAUAUUCGAAAGAAGAAAUGCAUUCACACAUACAAGGGCCAUACCCGGCGAAUUGAUGUCCUUAAAUUUACUCCUGAUGGUCGAUGGAUUGUUUCUGGAGGGGCUGAUAACUCGGUGAAGAUCUGGGAUUUGACGGCUGGGAAACUCUUGCAUGACUUUAGUCUUCAUAAAGGUCCAGUCAACUGCUUAGAUUUUCACCCCCACGAGUUCUUAUUGGCUACAGGUUCGGCUGAUAAGACACUUAAAUUUUGGGACCUUGAGACUUUUGAAUUGAUUGGUUCUUCUGGACCUGAGAACAGCCGAGAAUACUUUGAGCCGGCUAAUGUAGUUCGUUCUAUGAAAUUCAACAGUGAUGGUAAAACACUUUUUUGUGGAUUACAUGAAACCUUAAAGGUUCUUUCCUGGGAACCCAUCAUAUGUCAUGAUGUGGUUGAUGUAGGCUGGUCCACAUUAGCAGAUUUAACUGUUGAUGAAGGAAAGCUUCUUGGUUGCUCAUAUAACCAAAAUUGUGUUGGUGUGUGGGUUGUGGAUUUGAUGAAACAUGAGCCCUAUGCUGAUAAUUGUGCUGGAUCACACUUGAAUGGAAGUGUAGAUGGUUUAAUUCAAUCUGAUAAUAGCAAAUCAGCAGUGUUUGGUAGACUGUUAGUUUCCAGAAGCCCAGCAGCCGAUGAAACUGGUUCAGAUACUCUGCUUGGAUGCCCAAUGUCUACUUCAAAAGACAUUCCUGUCUCAGCUUCUUCUGUGGUAAGGAAGACAUUGGCAAAGCCACCUGGGAAAAGGGAUCUCCAGCUCACAAGAUCUGAUUCUGCACCUCUCCUUUCUCCUAGAGUUAGAUUGAACCCAAAUUUCUUUGACAGCCAGAAGAGACAGCCAGACACUGCUGUAGCUUUACCAGCAUCAAUAGUUCGCUCUAAAGUGGAUCUCUCUUCAGAUGCUGGAAUGCUAUCUCGCAAUUCACGUGCAGCGGCAGCUCCCAUGUAUAAAUCGGUGUCCCAUAUUUUGGGGUAUGACAGUAAGGAAUCAUCUUUCUUACCUGUUCUUGCCCCGAGGCAUAGCUCCAAGGGGAAUGUUGAUCCCAUUCUCAGUGAAGCUGCCACAGGUGAGUUACCAGUUAUUGAGCCUCAAAAUAUAGAAGUAGGUUUAUCUGCCAAUCAUGGCAAAGAAAGUGGCAAGUUGAUACAUAUAAUCGAUUCAAGGAGCUCAAAGAUGGUUGAAGAAGUUGGCUGCAUAAGAAUCACUGAUGAUGUAGGAUAUAAAAACAUAAAUCCAGAAACUAAUUUGAGAGUUAUUCCAGAUAUUGACUGUACAAGGAGGGCUCCAGAAUGCACAAAAGAGCGUGAGCAUAUAUUUCUGUCAAAGCCUAUUAGUUCACAGAGGAAAUUUAUCAGAAAAUCUUCAAGCGCUGGGGACGAUAGCCGUUCUGAUUCAGUAUGCACUGAAAGUGUCAAGUCUAAUGAAGCUGGUAGUUGGUACGGCGUGUCUUGUUUUGACAAACAGAAUUCUGAUGCUGCAUGGAAUACAGAAUUUGCCAACAGAGAGAGAAAUGAAGUAAUUGGAAUGAGCCAAUGGAUGGAAUCAAGUGGAAGGCAUGCUGUUGAACAUCGACCUUACUCUUAUAAUUAUGAUAAUAUCCAGUAUGUGCCAACAUUAUACAGCUCGAGGCUGCACCCUACACUUCCUGGAAAACUUAGUGCUUCAGCUAGUGAUGAAGAUGAUAUGUAUGGUCUAAUGGAAAACCAUCAAGAAUUUAUUCAUGUAAUGAAGUCUAGGCUAGCAAAACUAGAGGUGGUUUGUCGGUGUUGGCAAAGAAAUGAUAUAAGGGAUUCUAUUGAUGCUACAUGGAGAAUGUUGGAUUUUGCUGUCACUACUGAUAUAAUUAAUGCUCUAAUGGAGAAUAGUAACUGUAUCACUUUAGAUAUUUGCGCUUCUCUCUUGCAUCUUUCCUCCAGUCUUCUUGAAAGCAAAUAUGACAGGCAUCUGAGCGUUGCCCUGGGGAUGAUUCUCAGCCUUGUUAAGAGCUUUGGUGCCACUAUUUCUUCAGCUUUGUCGGCUGCGCCGCCUGUUGGUGUGGACCUUGAGGCCGAGCAGAGGUUGAAGCGGUGCAGUCUAUGUUUCCAAGAGCUGAGGAAGGCGAGUGCCAGCCUCAAGUCGCUGACAAGGCGGCAAGGCGAGGUUGGGAGAUCAGCACAGGAGCUCGCCCUUUUUCUUCAGGAUAUCUUGCAACUGUCAAGCGUGUAAACAGUGACCAAACCGCAACUCACAAAAAUUCCAACCCCCUAACCUUUUUCCUUUGGUAUAACAGAUAUAUAGGUACAUAGGAUGAGCAACUAUAACAGACGAAAUAUAUAGAAAUUACACACAGGUGUAGAAAAUCAAAGGUGUCACAGUUACACAUAGCAGAGUGAGUUUUUUUUUUUUUUGGGGGGGGGGGGGUUAUAGCAGAGUGAAACUUCCCAGUUUUAUCUUCCCCCCUCCUUUUCUACAAUAUAUGGAGAAUUCAAAGGUUCUAUAUUUGUACAUUUUUUUCAACUUGCACAUUGGCAAUUUGCUAAUGUUUUUUCUCCCAUGUUGUUUUGUUGGUUAGCUGAGCAAUUGCCUA